CCGCCCAGAGAAAGGAGCCCCGGGCUCACGGCUGCGUGCUGAGCCGUCCGGAAGAGCCAGGUUCCAGGGACUAGUGUACUGCCACGUCAGGGCUGGGGGCUGAAAGCUUCUCCAGCUGCUGCCGCCGCCGCUGUUACAGGAAGCCCGGGAAGAGGUGGGAGCUUCUUCUCCGCCUAUCUCGCUUUCCUCGAGUCCCCAGCCUGCAUAGCCGGCCAGCUUUGAGUCUGGCCUGGGAGUCUCAGCCGAGCCCAGAAACAUGAGGUCCCGGGCUUCAGCUGGCACGGUGGGGCUUUGGUCGCGGCUGCUGCUGCUGCUGCUGCUGCUGCUGCUGCAGGCCGAGGUGCUGCGAUGCGCCCAGCUGACUUUCGAACUGCCAGACAGCGCCAAACAGUGUUUCCACGAGGAUGUAGAGAAGGGGGUGAAAAUCUCCCUGGGUUAUCAAGUCAUUACUGGUGGUCACUAUGAUGUAGACUGCUUUAUUGAAGACCCCCAUGGAAAGACAAUUUACAAAGAAACCAAGAAGCAGUAUGACAGUUUCUUUCACCGAGCAGAGAUCAAAGGAACCUACAAAUUUUGCUUCAGUAAUGAGUUUUCCACCUUUUCCCACAAAACUGUCUACUUUGACAUUCUAGUUGGAGAUGAGCCCCCCAUCCUCCCAGGGAUGAGAAAUAGAGUCACUGCAUUGACGCAGAUGGAGUCUGCUUGUGUGACUAUUCAUGAAGCUCUGAAAGCAGUGAUUGAAUCUCAGACACAUUAUCGACUCAGGGAAGCUCAGGACCGGAACCGGGCUGAUGACUUGAAUGAGCGUGUUUCCUACUGGUCUAUGGGGGAGACGGUCUUACUGUUUGUGGUCAGCAUCAGUCAAGUGGUGCUUCUGAAAAGCUUCUUCACAGAAAAGAGACCAACUAGUCGAGGUGUCAACUCAUAAUUUCUGGGCACAUAUUGUUCCUUGAAUCCUGCUCACUGAAGGAAGUUCAAUCUAUACCUUUCACUUAGGGAGUUGAGUGCACAGUUUUACAAAUUCUUAAAAUUUGAAGAAAUACAAUCUUCUCUACAUUCUGUUGGCUUGUAAAGUCAGGUGACAGUGUGGAGGCAAAGCCACUAUAAAUUAUUACAGUGCUGUUUUGUAUGUUUCCAGUAACUUUGUUUUGUGCUGUCUUGUACUUCUGAUUUGAUAGAGCCAAGUAAGAAGAGAAUGAACCUGGCUAACUGAUUGGAAACUGGACUUAGCAAUGAUUUAGGAACAGCAACUGGUCACUCUUGAGAAAUUCUCAAGGUUCACAGAUUUAGUCACUCCCAAAUGUUGCCCUAAACCUCAAGGCUCUUCAGUUUUCUUUCCUUAUCCAUGACAAAACAAACUUUUUCUUUUCUCCUUCCUUUCCUCUCUCUUUCUCUUUCCUUCCUUCCUUCCUUCCUUCCUUCCUUCCUUCCUUCCUUCCUUCCUUCCUUCCUUCCUUCCUUCCUUCCUUCCUUUCUUCCUUCCUUCCUUCCUUCCUUCCUUCCUUCCUUCCUUCCUUCCUUCCUUCCUUCCUUCCUUCCUUCCUUCCUCUUUCUUUCUUUUUCUUUCUUCCUUCUGCUUUUCUUCCCUUCCUCUUCCUCCUUUUCCUCCCUCCCUCUCUCUUUCUCUGUCCCUCUGUUUCUCCCUUCCUCCUUUUUUCAUCUCUCCUCUUCAUUCUGUUCCCUCUUUCUCUCUCCCCUGCCUCUUUCGCUCCUUCCUUCCUUCCUUCCUUCCUUCCUUCCUUCCUUCCUUCCUUCCUUCCUUCCUUCCUUCCUUCCUUCCUUCCUUCCUUCCUUCCUUCCUUCCUUCCUUCCUUCCUUUUAUAAAUUGGAGGUUAUUAUUCCUCAUUGAAGCACUCAGGAAUCAUCUAGGAAAAUAUCUCCUGGUGCUUUUGGAAGUCUUUAUACCCCAAAGUUUAUAACAGAAGAAAUACUGCAGGCCUAAUCUGUAAAUAAGUUUUUCCAAUGGUCAUUCUUUUAGGGGUACUAUAGCUUUAUGCUAAUUUCUUUUCAUUCUUGUAGGAUGGAAGCCUAUUUUUUAAAGAUGGUGUGAUAAAGCUAAUACAUUUAUAGAACACUUUUCUCCCUUUUAUUAUAAGACAAGAGUUUGUAUCUUAUACUACUGAAUAGGAAGUUAUCAAGUAAGAGUAAAAUCAAAGAAUGUUUUGGCAAAGGGCUAUAGACCUCAAACUUUUAAUAAAGAACCUCAAUUUAUUUUGCCUUUGUUCUUAUAAAAGAUCCAUAUAAAAAUCAUACUGCAAAAUA